AUGCAACCUCCUCGGUCGUCGGCGCUGCUGCUGUCGCUGCUUCUGGCGGCGCCGGUGCACGCAGCGACGAUGCUGAGCUGCAACAAGAUCCUGUUGGACGGACACAACUUUGAUCUGUCGCCGCUCGGAGGGCCGCACUCGGUGGUGACGUCGCGAUUCGAGUCUAGCACGGGAGCUCACUCCAACACUACGUACACGGUGGACAUUUGCCAGCCGCUGAAGAAGAGCGGAAAGGCAAAGUCAAAGGAGGAGUGCCCCAACGGAACAAGAGUCUGUGCCAUUACCCGGUUCCUCAAGGACGACCAAGACUCGGUCACAAAAGUCGUUGCCAUUGCGGGUGGGCUUGAAAACGCUGGCGGAUCGCAAUUCGAAUACGAGGCGACGAGGCUCAAGAACAGCGACUCCAACUCGGACUCUCAGAAGGAGGGCCUUCGGCUGGUCCUCAAGGGCGGUAAACACCCUCUCACCGGGCCCGUCUCCGAGCGGAGGACGCAAAAGGCCGUCAUCGAGUUCCUGUGCGACCCCGAAAAGACUGGCACUGAGGGCGAGUGGGCUUCUGAGGAUGAGUACGAGAAGGCUCCUGCGACGAGACGACGAGCAGAGGAUGACAAGGGGGACGAGAAGGACAAGGACGAUGACAAGAAGGAAAAGGAUGAUGGCGACAAGGACGACGACGGAAAGCAGGACUCGGCCAUUGAGCACCAGCUCAAGAACGAAAACGCCGCCCUCAUCUGGGAGGAUUAUGCCAAGGAGAAGGACGGCGACGUGCUACGGCUGACUUGGUACACCAAGCAUGCGUGCGAGAAGCGUGACGGCGGCAAGGACGAGGACCACGAACCCAGCGACUCGAGCGCAAGCUGGGGCUUCUUUACCUGGUUUGUCAUCAUCGUCUUCCUUGGCAUUGCCGCCUACUUGAUCUUUGGCUCUUGGCUCAACUAUAACCGCUACGGCGCGCGAGGCUGGGACCUGCUCCCCCACGGCGACACUCUGCGCGACAUUCCCUACCUCCUCAAGGACUGGACGCGCCGGGUGCUCAACACCGUCCAGGGCGCUGGCAGUCGCGGAGGCUAUAGCGCUGUCUGA